AGCAGUUGUCGAGGCUCUGCUUCGAAUCCGAGGAUUGAAGCUGCUCGUGGGGAAUCUGUAUAUGAUAUUGGAUUUGUUUUGAGAUAGGACAGGCCGAGAGCAUAAAAAAUAAAGAGAGGGUUUUCAGGACGGCAGAAGAGGACAUGGACCAGGAAAGGGGGCUGUGAGCAACAGACGGUGCAGCCAAGCAGCCUGAUACUCAAGUCGUACUUGCAGAUCAACAAAGAGAACCAGGGAUGCGACAAAGAAAGCAGGGUCGCGUUACCUUCGACCAAGAGAAGUUUCAAAACAAAGAACUAUCAGCCCAUGUAACCUUGGGUCUGGAUCUUUGCGGGAGAGAAAUGAGAAGCAGAGGAGACUCCAUGGUCGAGUUCCGAAGUUCUGAGGGAAAAGUACUCAGACGAGGCGCUCUCGAUCGCAUCCUUGGGGGAAGGCGUAUACAGUCUGGGCUGACGUGUGAGCCACCAGGCUGUUCGAGAAUAUCGCCCUUCCACACGUGCCUACAGUUUCUUGUCGUUUGCCCAGAACAUGGGUCAGCGGUUGGUUUGCUGACUUCAGGGCUGGUGAUGAUUGGAUGCCUGCUACCAACAACAUCAUAUCCGUGCAUACAUGUGAAGACAAAGAUGGUAACGCUCUUCGUAUUCGAUCCAAUGAUGAUAAUGCCGGGCGCAGUUAGAGGGACUUGGCCGGGGUGCAUCUGACAGCGCGGGCUGAGACAGGGGGCAUUGUUUCCCUCUUGUUGGUUUUACUUCUUGCUGAGAACAAUCCAUCGAGGACCAUCAGCAGCAUGAAUGGAGUACCAAAAGGGAAAAUGGGGAGAUUGCAGGUUUGACAGUGUCGCAUCUCAGAGUCCAGUCGCAGGGUGUAAAGUCUGGAGAAGAAAGAGGUUGAUGGAGUUGAAACAAGUUGAGCAGAAGCA